AUGAACGACUUCUACCUCUUCGCAAACUGCAAUUUCGUACCAGAUAAAUACAACGAUUGGCAAACCGCAUACGACUCCCUCGCAACCUACGUCUUCUCCUCCGAACCCACAACAAAAUCCUACUACUUCGGCAUCCCCAUCGAUUACGCGCACGACAUGUCCAAAACAACCAGCAUGUUUGCUUUCGAAGUAUACGGAUCACGAGAGGAUCUAUACACAACCCACCUCACCUCCCCAGCCAUGCAAACCUUCCUACAAAACAUCCAGCCAGCAAGCACUACCGGCCUAGACCUGGCUCACUACCGCCUAAUCGCCGGCUUCCUCGACGCAUCGAAUACGCGCGCCCCUGCACAGAUCAUGCAGGAUAUACGCAUAACAUGCAAUUCUCCUGCUGCUCGUGCAGCUAUCAUCGACUCCCUAAGCAAGCUCGUCAAUACUGUCGACGGAUCCGAAGAAGGAACAUUGACUUAUAUGGGCUUUUCUAGUCUUGAUGAUGAUGUUGGGGUGAGGAUGUAUGGGCGUUGGAGGAGUAGAGAGGACUUUGAAUGCUUCAUUCGGAGAGAUGAGGUGAAUAAUUUCUGGGCGGGUAACAAAAGCAGUGUACGGGCGAUGGAGCAGAGGCUGUAUGUACCGAAUGGAAAGGGCUGGUUGCAUAGGGGGACUGGGUAUGCUGGGGAGGACAAGGGAAGAAACGUGAAACUCUAA